CUGCGAAGUCUCAGGAACCUACUCAAGAAAUCAUGGAACCUGAAAUAGAGGAACCUGAAAUAGAAAAACCGUCAAUUGACGAAAUCAAUAUUUCGAAAAAAAAUUUAAAAUCGCAAUAUCAAGAUAAAACACGUAAACGACCGACAACUUUCCUAAAGAACAAGAAAAAUAGACAAUACCAAGGAAGAACUUUAAAAAAGAAAAAUACAGACAUACGAAAGAUUAGAAGAAAACGAAUCGACGAAAAACGAUUCAAUCAAUACACUAAAUACGAAUAUGUAGAAGGAUACGUAAAUUAUCAAAGGAAAAUAGAUCAGGAAAUAAUGAAAAUGCUUUAUUCUAUGGAACGGGCAGAAAAUGGGAAGAAAAGAGAGGAAUAUGUAGACAAUCAUCAGUCAGAAGAGGCAAGACAGAUUAGAAAUAAGGAAACUAGGACAGAAGCAGCCUAUGCAUGCUUAAAAGAUAUUGCAGUAAACGAAAUCGAAGCAAAAGUACGAGGCAAAAUUUAUUCAUUUGAUGAUGAAUAUGGGGAUAUCAAAAGAUGGAUAUUGAAAGAAUUAGAAUUAUUCAAGGAUUUAAAAUUAAGAUACGAACAGGCAGACGCACAAGAAACACAAGGAGUACAAUACCGACUAGGAACAGUCACGGAACGAGAGAUAUUUGACGAGCAGGAAUUAAAAGAAGAAUGGAUGGAUAAUGAUAAACCGAAAUGA